AUGUUUCAUCAAUACAUAUCUUUCAUCACCUCCAUUUUCAUCAAUCAAAUUUCCCACAUUACGUAUCACAAAAUUGACGAAAUCGUGAAAAUGGCGUCACAAGGAACGGAGAACGGGGAAUUUAGCUUUCCAAAGACACCGACGAAAGGAAGGAAUGGACUUCCGAAGAUUCAAACACGUGGUGGAAAGAAGGAAGACGACCAGAUCUGCCAUGACGACAGUGUCCCGCCGGUAAAAGCUCAAACGAUCGACGAGCUGCAUUCGCUCCAGAAGAAGAGAUCUGUUCCAAAUACGCCGAUCAAAGGCGAAACUCAGCCUGCUUUUAAUGCUAUUUCCGAAGAAGGACGCCAGAAACAGCAGCUUGAAUCCAUUAGUGCGUCGUUGGCCUCAUUGACGAGAGAAACCGGGCCGAAGGUGGUGAGGGGAGAUCCGGAUCGGAAAACUGAAACUCCGAGAGCUCAGGUGACUCACCAACACCGUCAUGUUCACGCUCCUACCCUGAGUACCAGUGACAGUGCCCUCAAGUUCACUCAUAUCCUCUACAACCUAUCCCCUGCUGAGCUUUACGAGCAAGCCAUAAAAUACGAGAAAGGAUCUUUCAUAACCUCUAGCGGCGCUUUGGCUACGCUCUCUGGUGCGAAAACAGGGCGAUCACCGAGGGACAAACGCGUUGUCAGAGACGAGACAACCGAAGACGAACUUUGGUGGGGAAAGGGGUCUCCGAAUAUUGAGAUGGAUGAACACACUUUCUUAGUCAACAGAGAAAGAGCGGUGGAUUACUUGUGCUCCCUCGAUAAGGUUUACGUAAACGACCAGUUUCUCAACUGGGAUCCAGUUCAUCGUAUCAAAGUCCGUAUUGUAUCCGCAAGAGCCUAUCAUUCAUUAUUUAUGCAUAACAUGUGCAUCCGACCUACUGCGGAAGAGCUAGAGGAAUUCGGUACUCCAGACUUCACAAUAUACAACGCGGGCAUGUUCCCAUGUAACCGUUACACGCAUUACAUGACAUCAUCAACAAGCAUAGAUCUGAAUCUUGGAAGAAGGGAAAUGGUAAUUCUUGGAACCCAAUACGCGGGUGAGAUGAAAAAAGGUCUUUUUGGUGUCAUGCAUUAUCUCAUGCCUAAACGCCAAAUCCUUUCCCUUCAUUCCGGUUGCAAUAUGGGGAAAGAUGGUGAUGUAGCACUCUUCUUUGGAUUAUCAGGUACUGGAAAGACAACACUGUCUACGGAUCACAACAGAUAUUUAAUCGGAGAUGAUGAACAUUGUUGGAGUGAAAAUGGGGUUUCAAAUAUCGAAGGUGGUUGCUAUGCAAAGUGCAUAGAUCUAUCAAAGGAAAAGGAACCCGAUAUCUUCAAUGCCAUCAAGUUCGGGACAGUUAUGGAAAAUGUUGUGUUUGAUGAACAUACCCGAGAAGUCGAUUACUCAGACAAAUCUGUAACAGAAAACACUCGGGCCGCGUAUCCUAUAGAAUACAUACCAAAUGCUAAAAUACCAUGUGUGGGCCCACACCCGAAGAACGUGAUCCUAUUGGCUUGUGACGCGUUUGGUGUUCUGCCACCUGUCAGCAAGCUAAACUUGGCUCAAACUAUGUACCAUUUUAUCAGUGGCUACACUGCUUUGGUGGCGGGAACAGAAGAUGGGAUAAAGGAGCCACAGGCAACAUUUUCAGCAUGUUUUGGUGCGGCUUUUAUAAUGCUUCAUCCAACCAAGUAUGCAGCCAUGUUAGCUGAAAAGAUGAAAAAACACGGUGCCACCGGAUGGCUUGUCAACACUGGCUGGUCAGGCGGCAGUUAUGGAUCAGGAAAGCGUAUAAAAUUGGCGUACACUCGAAAAAUGAUCGACGCAAUCCACUCGGGUAGCCUUUUGGAAGCGGAGUACACAAAGACCGAGAUAUUUGGACUUGAAAUCCCUACUGCAAUUGAAGGUGUUCCUUCCGAGAUUCUUGAUCCCGCAAAUACAUGGCCGGACAAAAAGGCACAUAUGGAUGCACUAACUAAGCUGGGAGGGUUGUUCAAGAAGAAUUUUGAGGUGUUUUUGGACUACAAGAUUUGGAACUGAUAAUAAUUUAGCUGGUGAAAUUCUCGCGGCCGGUCCAAACUUCUGAUUCCGAAACAAGGAAGAAUAAGAUAUAUAAAAUAUGAUGCAUGGGAAUAAGGUAUUCCUUUCUACCGAGGGGUGGAAUCCGUGAAUCCAAAGCCGAAGGAGUUAUAUGUUGGUUUGUUUGGAUUUGAGGAUUUUAUUUUAUGCCUUGAUUCAAGGAUGUUAUGUAUGUAGACUAAAUAAAUAUGUUGUGUAAAUUAGUUUUAUAAGACUUCUUUCCAAGGGGGAGGGAUUUAGAUGUGUUUUCAAGAGUUGAGUUAGUUAUAUGUUAUGCAAAUACUACAC